AUGGCUGACGAUAAAGAAGUAGAAAAAACGAUUGCAGAAGACUUGGUUGUAACCAAGUAUAAACUAGCCGGGCAAAUUGUCAACCGUGUUUUAGAACAAGUCAUCGCUAAAUGCGUCCCAGACGCGUCUGCCCGAGAAAUAUGUGAAUUUGGUGACAAUUUGCUACUAGAGGAAACAUCCAAAGUCUUCAAAAAAGAAAAAGACUCUAAGAAAGGAAUCGCAUUUUCAACAUGCGUCUCUGUGAAUAACUGUAUAUGUCAUUUUUCUCCAAUACCUAGUGAAGCUGACUACAUCCUGAAGCAAGGGGAUCUCGCUAAAAUUGACUUAGGUGCCCAUAUUGACGGGUGCAUAGCUGUUGUAGCUCACACAGUAGCAGUUGGCGGUGGUGAGAUAUCUGGUAGAGCUGCAGAUGUUCUUCUUGCUGCACAUUAUGCUAGUGAAGCCGCCUUGAGAUUGCUAAGACCUGGCAAUGAGAACUAUGCAGUAACAGACAUUGUCCAAAAGAUCAGUGCUGAAUAUGGAUGUAAGCCCAUAGAAGGCAUGUUAUCUCAUCAGCUUAAGCAGUUCCGUAUUGAUGGGGAAAAGAGUAUUAUUCAAAAUCCAUCAGAAGCCCAGAGAAAAGAGCAUGAAAAGGCCACUUUUGAAACAUAUGAAGUCUAUGCCAUGGAUGUGCUUAUUUCUACUGGAGAAGGUGUAGGAAGAGAAAUGGAUACAAGGUGUACGAUUUAUAAAAAAACUGAUGAAGUUUACCAACUUAAGCUGAAGGCAUCUAGAAUGUUCUACAGUGAGGUUCGUAAUAAGCAUGGAUCAAUGCCCUUCAAUCUCCGUAGCUUUGAUAAAGAAACUAGUGCAAGGCUUGGUGUUGUUGAAUGUGUGAAUCACAAACUUAUUGAGCCCUUCCAGGUGCUUUAUGAAAGGCCAGGUGAAAUAGUGGCGCAGUUCAAAUUCACAGCAUUGUUAUUGCCAAGUGGCACACAUCGUAUCACAGGGCUGCCGUUUGACAAGAGUCAGUGUAAAACUGAUCGCAUUAUUAAGGACCCCGAACUUAAUGCUCUCCUGAACUCAUCUGCGAAGUCAAAUAAAAAGAAGAAAAAGAAAACUGGUGCAGAAGAACCGAUGGAAGUGGAAACUGCAGCC